UUUGAAUCGUUGGUGGGAGGCCGUGAUGUCUGUACGGAAGAAACUGCGGCUUCUGUUUGAGGAGCCCCAGGUGGGCGGCACAAUCACGGUAGAGCGGCCCGAACCCGUGACGUGGCCCAGUUGCCAAGCCCAGCGAGGCGCACCGAAGCAGGGGAGCCGCGGGGAGCCAGUCCCGGGCGCUCGGGGACUCAGGCUGGAGGACUGCAUGGUCUAUCAAUGCCGGCGCUGCCGGGUCGUAUUAGGAGACUCGCUCCACUUGUGCGCGCAGGAGGAGAAGCUCCGCCUUUUUGUUUGUUUCAAGGUCACAAACAAUGUUGUUGUGGAAGACAACUUGAUGGUCUGUGUUGAAGGAGACCUCAUUGGUUGCACCUACAACACAUUGCGUUGUCAGUCCUGUCAACUAGACAUGGGCUUUGUCCUCUAUAGUGCAAAGUCACUGGCUUACCUGCGAGGCCUCUUCUGUCUUUUUAAGGACAAAAUCACAUGUUACUUGCUACAAACUACCGCUACAGUAGAAGCUUCAAAAGUAACCUGUCCUGUUGUGAGCCUAAAGGAACAUGUAGCGAAAUUAAAAAAGAGUCUUGUACAAGUUCAUAUGCGCAUGGAAUUGCUAAUUAAGAAACUAGAAGAAUUCAGUCAACAAAGGAUUACAUGUGAGGAGAGCUGUAAAGGAAGACCAUAUGGAUAUACAAAUUGAAAGCUGAACAGUUAACUUUUUAGAGUUGCCUAUCUCAACUAAUAGUUUUACAAUAACUUGGGUUUGUAACUGAAAAUUUAAAUUAAUAUGGCUUUAGAAUGGCAAAUUGGUAAUACACAAUUGUUUCCUUUUCUAGCACGCUCAAGGGCAUAUAGUAUUUGUGCAUGAAUAAUUAUCCCAAAUCAUUUAACUUCUACAUGUAAAUAUUUCUAUUUACUCUAACAAAAAUCUUUAAACAUUGUAUAACUGCCCUAAGAUUGCAUUGGAAACUGGAUAGUCUAGCUGAAAAAAAUAAACAUUUACUUUGUACAUUCCUUUAAGUUAUCUUGUUUUUUUACAUUUGAGAAAGAUAUGUUCUCAGGACUCAGCUAUAAAUUGUGGACAGUAAC